CAUAAAUAUACACAAGCGAACAUAAAUUACCCUGGAUACUAACAACUUCCGGUUACUCCAAGUCACUUUCCAUUUAGUUUGUUUACACGGAUUCAUAGAUUGAUUGGUGCAUGCAAAUAGAAUCAUUCACAACAAUCUCUAUAUAGCCAGACUCGGGAGUCCAGAUCAAAUUAUUUGCUUACACUACUACAUCAAUCUCUGUAUGUUUCUGCACAACUGAAAACUAUGUCUGAAAUAAGUAAAUUAGUAUCAAGAUGGAAUACAUCAUUUAAAAGAGGAACUGACUAUGAUAGCUGGGGACAAGUUGUGGAGGCUGUUGAUGAAUAUGACAUGCUUGCAAAACAAAUCCGUAAGGAAACGUCUCCAGAUUCUUUAAUCUUUUCAGCCGAUCAGAAGCAAACUUUGAUGAAAGUGUCUGGUAGCCUGGUGUUGCGUAAAAAAGCUUUAAAUAGUCCAAAUGAUUUUGAUGGAAUUUCAUUAGAAGAUGUCAAGAAAGUCCAGUCAACUCUUGCUAAUAUCCUGUCCACCAAUCAGAAAGAAUUUCCAAUCCAUAUACCUGCCUCAGCUACAAGACCACCACAAGCAAGGAAAGGGUUUGAUAUUGACGAUGGUGAAAAUGACAAUGAAGAAGAUAUUGAUGAUGAUGAUGAUGAUAACCAUAUCCACCAGAAACAGACUAUCCCCAAAACACCCAUAGAAGGAUCACUUAAAGGUACUCUAUUACCCAAAAUUCCUCCCUCACCUGGAACCACUCGUCUGACAAUGAGGGUGGAGAAAAUUGGAUUAAAAGAUGCCAUGGUUUAUAUUGAUCCAUUCAUCGUUGUUUCAGUUAAAGAUGUAAGCGGGGUACCUGUGACUAACAUCCAGUCAACGCCAACAUCUAUCAAGAAGGAGGAUCCAUACGUGUCAUUUGAGGUUGAUGUUGAAAUUCAGAAAGCAAUAGAAAAACUACCUAAAGGCUCAGCAAUAUUUUUUGAAUUCAAACACUACAAACCAAAGAAACGCAUCACAAGUACCAAGUGUUUUGCAUUCCUUGAGAUGGAUGAAAUCAAACCAGGCCCAAUGGUUGUUGAAUUAUAUAAAAAGCCAACAGAUUUCAAGCGGAAAAAGUUAAAUUUACUGACUAACAAGCCACUCUAUCUUCAUCUGUUCCUUACACUACAUAACGAUUGAAUCAAUAUCUUUGCUGAUUGGUUAAUUCUAGAGCGUUGUUAUGGAGGUUCGGUGCAUGGUAUACUGAAGCUUGUCCUUGAUAUGAGUAUGCAUCAAAUUGUGGUAUCAUCUUUGGUGAUCUAUGUUGCUGUUCUAUUCUUGUUACCCCUUAUGUGUAAAGCAUAAAUAAUAGCAGAGAUGUGGAAGAGCUACAAUUUAGUUCAUUUAAAGUUAAACAGCUCAAGUGGUAUACAAAUAGAAAAUGAAAUUAUUAAUGUGUGACAAUAAAUAUGGCAUAUCAUUUAAAAUCGAUGCCUAUAAAGCCAAGUUACCAAAUGAUGUAUAUCAAGAAUUCCAACACAUACCAGUAAUUACCAUCAGAUACCAAUGGAUACCAGCUCAUAUCAAUACAAUUUUAAGCAAGUGGUUUAUAAUUGUAUACAACACCUUGAUUAUUUAUUGUUUUAAAAUCUGAAUACUACUUAAGCCUGUCAUAUUUUGUUUUGUUUUAUUGUAACCAUGCCAUUGCAACCAUAGACCCAAUAGCAUUCACUGACUUAUUGUAUUGAAUAACUGUAUCCUUAAAUUGUGUAUAUUAGUGUUAUUUAUUUUUUUUAAUGUUUUCUGAUAUUAAUUAUUUGAGUAAGAAUGAUAAUGAUUGUACAUGAUGGUGAUAAUAUGUUCUAUGUUUGUAUGCAUUUGAAGUCUUUGUAUUUUAUAGUAGUGUAAGCUUUUAAUGACAUUUUUUGAGAUGGAUGUGAGUUGAUGAAUAGUGAAUAUUUCUAGCAUUUGUAUGUAAACUAAAUAUAUUAUUUAUUGAAGAUUUCCUAAAA